UCUGUUUUCUGAGCUGGUUCCUCCCUCCUUCUGAGCCUCUCCCUUGGCCGCACCGCGGGAGAGAGGCAGAGAUGGCAGAUGAGAUCGCCAAGGCUCAGGUCGCUCGGCCUGGUGGCGACACGAUCUUCGGGAAGAUCAUCCGCAAGGAAAUCCCAGCCAAAAUCAUUUUUGAGGAUGACCGGUGCCUUGCUUUCCACGACAUUUCUCCUCAAGCACCAACACAUUUUCUGGUGAUACCCAAGAAACAUAUAUCCCAGAUUUCUGCAGCAGAAGAUGAUGAUGAAAGUCUUCUUGGACACUUAAUGAUUGUUGGCAAGAAAUGUGCUGCAGAUCUGGGCCUGAAUAAGGGUUACCGAAUGGUAGUGAAUGAAGGUUCAGAUGGUGGACAGUCUGUCUAUCACGUUCAUCUCCAUGUUCUUGGAGGUCGACAGAUGCAUUGGCCUCCUGGUUAAGCACGUUUUGGGGAUAAUCUUCCCUUCUCUAGGCAAUGAUUAAGUUAGGCAAGUUCCAGUAUGUUAAGUGGCACACUUAUUUUUGCCUGUGUAUGGAGAGAUUCAAUAAAUAAUUUUCAAACCAAAA